GGGAGGUGAUCUGAUUCUCUCCGCUGCCCAUUUCGUUCGUCGUCGUUACAUCUCUCUCUCUCUCUCUAUCUCUCCUCGCUCAUCUAGUCAGAGAAUUUGUGCAAGGUUGAAAAUGGCAGGACACAAGGUUGGGCAUGCCACACUUAAGGGCCCGAGUGUGGUGAAGGAAUUAGUUAUCGGUUUGGCGCUGGGUUUAGCUGCUGGUGGUCUCUGGAAAAUGCACCACUGGAACGAGCAGAGGAAAACCAGAGCUUUCUACGACUUGCUCGAGAGAGGCGAGAUCAGCGUUGUCCACCCUGAAGAGUGAAAUUCAACACUAUGCCAAACCACUCUCUCAAGCUCUAUUUUUAUGUUAUUAUUAUUGUUUCUUGACUUCUUAGACAAAAGUUCAGAAAGUGUUGAUUGCAGAAGAAAUAAACAACAAAUCGGAUAUCUUUUGUUAAAUUUCAGAACAUCUUUCUUGAUUUUAUUUGAAUGUUUUUGGGAUAAAAA